AUGGUUCCCACUGGGUGGGCUGGGGUGGGAGGGGCUGUUGUGCAUGGUCUGGGAAAGCUGGAGAAGGCUGUUCCUUCGCCCCGAGCCUUGGAUUUCUUAUCUGUGAAAUGAGAGGCUACAAUGAUGAAUGGCAAAGUACCUUUUUUUUUCAGCUCUGAGAGCCUAGGAUAUUUCACCAUUGGAAGACCAGCAGACAAUGUCAUGACAACUCAAGAGGAUACAACAGGGUUGCUUCAAAAGACAAGCGUUUGGACCAUGUCAAGACCUGGAGUGAAAAAGGUAAUGAACUCCUACUUCAUACAAGCAGGCCAUGGGCCAGCAGUUUGCCACUAUGCUGUCUCUUGGUUAAGGCAAGGUUUCAGUAUCACCCUGACUUCUUUUGGAAGGAUCCCUUGGCCUCAGGCUGGAGCGGGCACCUGCCCUAGCCCACAGAGCUGGGUUUCUCCCUUUCUUCAACCACACAAGGAGCACCACUAGGCAAAGACCUCAUCACGUUCACAGCCGUCUCCCCAGAGCCUCGCACUGUGCUUGGCAUACAGCAGGUGCCCAGUAAAUACCUGCCAAAUGACUGAAUGCAUCUCGCCAGCCUCAGGAUGCCACCAGGCCCUGAGGGAGCCAGGAAGAUCAGAGGAAAGCUUUUGGAUUCCUGCCACACCUCACAUUAGCAGCAUCUUCUCCGAGUCCUGACAGCCAGCCUCCUGGGACACCAUUUGAGCCAGCUGAAUUCCGGUCACCGCUUCACCUUGGAAAAGCAUCCGCAGCGCUCACCAAGCGGCCCCGUAAUUGACGUCACAGCGGGGCCAGGAGCUGCCCUGUUAAUAUUUAAUGUGGCCUUCACUGCGGCAAAAUGCAGCCUCCAAGAGCUGGAGGGGCCGUGCAGAGUCUCCGUGGGGUUGUGAGGAGGGCACAAAUGGGAAAGGGCUUCAUAAACCAUAAAGCUUCCAACAGAUGAGCAUUCUGUCGACCCAUUUCAGUCCCUGGCUUAACUCAGAAAGAGCUGGGGCUGCACAUGCCUGCAGUGGAACAAGAAGACUGCUGACCGAGCCCAAGCACUAAAUCAAUGGGGGAUUAGAGACUCCUGGGUACAUUUCAUGGAGACAGUGGGAGGGCAGAGCACUGGCGCCAGCCAGACCUGGACUCCACUCCAGGUUUGCCCCCUGCACAGCUGUGUGACUGGGUCAGCAAAUGGACCACUGAGCCUCAGUCCCACUUCUCUCUGAAAUGGGGAUGAUGGUUUCCUUGUAGCACUGCUGUGAGGAUUCAAUAAAACGAGUGAUGCCGAAGACCUAGCUUCACACAUCGCAGGCUGUCAACACAGGCUGAGACCCUUCUCCAAAACCAAGCCUGGGACCUGAGGUUGGAGAGAGAAGAUGCGGGGCCCUUUCAGGCAUUCAUCGGGCAGAGUGAUAGCGGGAGGGAAGAAGGAGCAAGGAGGCACAGGAAGGAUGAUCUGGGAGCCAAGCAUCUCAGAUGUCCUUUCAUUGGAACCCUCUUGGUAUCAUCUCCUCCCAGUGCCGCACAGUGCUUGACCUGACUCAUCCUCAGGACUCUGAAGCAUCAUCACUUCCUUUCGAGGCCUGUGUUGUAUCUCCUCUGUGUGGAGGAGUGCCUCUCUCUAUCUGUCCUGUUCACGUGGGGUACGGCAGGGGUUCCGCAAACAUCUGUUGCAGUGAAUUACUAAAUUCCACAGCCCCUUACACUUUUCCUAUCAACAGUUUCCCCUCCUUCAGCCAAAUCUUGUGUGCCCCUCCAAGUCCUAUUGGAACCCCAUCUCCUCCAGGCCUUCCCUGAGCCCCACAGACCUCCCUGUGGGGAGGACUCCCUCAGAAGCUCUUUUCUUCUGAGAUGCAUCUGGUAUGUCUCAGUCACAUCUGGGGCAGCAAACAAAUCUUUUUAUCCCAUAAGCUUGGCAAGAUCAGCAACCCUCAGACUCCCCUGCUAUGACCUGUGGUGCUGAGCACUGUGUCUUCCUGACAGACAGUGCUUCUCAACAAACGCUGGUGAGCUUGGGGGAAGCCAAGCUGAGCUCCUGUGUUGGCCUCUCCUCCCUGCCACUGGCCAAUAACCAAAAUCCUAACCCAGCCCUGAAGCAAAGCAUCUUACAUACUGUAUUCCUAUAAAGGAGGCAGGGAGACAAACUUAGUUCCCACUUUAUAGGACAGGAAACUAAGGGAGUAGAGGAACCCAUUUGUAUUAGGGUUCUCUAGAGGGACAUAAUUACUGGCAUAUAUAUGUGUGUAUAUAUGUGUAUAUGCAUAUAUAU